AUGGCAGGCCCUCCUCAGAACGUGAAAGUGAAGCUGCCCGCCCUGAUGCGGGACCUCAACAAAGUUCUUUCGGAUCGUGGCGUUUCUUAUCCACACAAACAUGCGUUUAUCUUCUACUUUGAAGGAGCCAAGAAAGAUUCGGAGAUCCUCAGGAACAUCUUCGAAGAUGUCAUGGGUAUUCCCUCGCAGAUCUACGAGAUGCCUCGCAACGAGAAGUUCGCUGAGUGGGAGUUGCAAGAAAAACUCCAGAAAUUUGCCAAAAAGUUUCAGCCCCGUCUCACAGGGACAACGCAUCCUUCACUUUGCGUUUUCGCCUACGCCGGACAUGGAAUGGUCCAUGUCGAUAGGGGACUCGAGUUUGCGGGUGCCGGAGGAACUCAAAAAAUCCGAUGGAGUUCUGUCUAUCGAAGUUUGUUCACAGAAGGCACUCUGGAUCAUGUGCAUGCAUUCGGUUUACUCGAUUGCUGUUACUCGGGUGCUGUCAGAGGCCAGUUUCCACGUACAUCGCAAGUCUUAUCGGCAUGCGGCCCCAGUGGUACCGCCAAUCCCCGAGGUCAGAAGAUCACAUUUUCCCAGAGAUUCAGAGCGGCUGUUCUUUCCUUGAGAGAUAAAGGAAAGAAAAUGGCCACAGUUGACGACAUCUAUGGUGAAAUCCAAAAUGAUCAGCAGUCUCGGAGUGCCCAUACUCCUGUGCUCACUCAUUUCGGGGCCAAGGGCACCAUCGCCUUUCCUAUCAAGCCCGUGGGGGAAAAACCGAGUGCUCCCAGCACUCCGUCGCCUUCACUGAAGGGUACUCCUCUCGAACGAUCCGUCAUUGUGAAGCUCACUCUCGAUGGAAAUGCCCCAAAUGUUACGAAGGAUUUCAAGGAGCUUCUGGAGAACCUGCCCUCCAAUUUUCGAGCCAAAAUCAUUGAGGCGUAUCAAACUGAUGCAUCCGCUUUAGUUCUGGUGCGGAUGACAAUGGAAACUUGGGCCAGAAUGUCUGCUGCAGUCGAACUUGAGAUUGUUGGAGUCGUUAUGGGUACAUCCUUGAUGCGCGGUCUUCAGGGAGCUCCAAAGAUAGACGAGAACAUUUCCCCCCUUCUCCAAAAGGGAAAGAAGGCUUCUGAUUAG